AUGCGACCAACCCGCAACCUGGAUCAUGCGAUCCACCUCCUCAAACCAAGAUCCUUGAAUCUACCCCUCCAAGGAGUGCGCACCAUCAGCACAAUACAACGCACCUCUACCACAAACUCACUCCGCCCAUCACAACCAAGAUGCUUCACACAAACACCCCGACGAACCUUCGGCCUCCCUUCCCUCUCUUCCCUCCUCCCAAAUGGAAGCAAUAACGACUCCCCAAAGCGCGUCUUAACCGCAACCCGAACCCUUCCUUACGCCCCACCAAACCUCUUCAAAGUCAUCUCCUCGGUCGAAUCAUACUCGCAAUUCCUCCCCUUCCUCACUGCGUCGACAGUCACAGCCCGCGACCCCGAAACAGGUCAUCCCACGCAGGCAUUCCUGACCGUCGGCUACGGACCUCUCAGCGAGACAUUCACAUCGCGCGUGGAGUGUAACGUGGAAAAAUUAACCGUUGAAGCGCGGAGCGGUGCUAAAUACGGUGCUGAGAAGGGCAGUGGGAGCAGUGGCGGUGGAUUGAGUGGAUUCUUCCCCGGAGCUAGCGAGGGGAUCUUUGAAUAUCUCUCUACGCGGUGGGAAUUGAUUCCCCUUGAUGCGAAGGGUGGUCUCCCGCAGACGAAGGUCAAUCUGGAAGUGCGGUUUGAAUUUCGCAGCCAGAUGCAUGCUACUGUUAUGGGGGCUGUUGAGGGACAGAUGGCUGGGGUUAUGAUUGAGGCUUUUGAGAAGCGAAUUCAUGAGAUGCAUGGGCGGUGA